GAAAAUUGCUCCCAUCAGAUUCCCCAUUUUCCACUGCUAAAUAGCCCAUUGGGUUUCGUCUUCUUUCCUAACUCUGUGGAGGGAAGAAGACUGAGGGUGAGAAUCUGCCAAUGGAAAUGGCUCACCGUUUGCUCUUCGUCUCCUCUGUUCUUCUGAUUCUUUCCUGCGCUGUUGCCGAAUCCGUCUUUGAUGAUUCCAAUCCCAUUCGAAUGGUCUCUGACCGUCUCCGGGAGUUGGAGUCGGAGGUCGUCCGAGUCGUUGGUCACACUCGUCACGCUCUCCGAUUCGCUCGAUUUGCUCACAGGUAUGGAAAGAGGUAUGAGACAGCGGAGGAAUUGAAGCUUCGUUUCGGAAUUUUCUUGGAGAGUUUGGAACUGAUCAAAUCGACUAAUAGACAAGGCCUUUCUUACAAACUUGGUCUCAAUCACUUUGCGGAUUGGUCGUGGGAAGAGUUCAAGAAACACAGGCUAGGAGCUGCUCAAAACUGCUCUGCUACCGCGAAAGGCAACCACAAACUGACUAAUGUCGUUCUUCCUGAAUCGAAAGAUUGGAGAGAUGAUGGCAUUGUCAGCCCUGUUAAAGAUCAAGGCCACUGUGGUUCUUGCUGGACAUUCAGUACAACUGGAGCUCUUGAAGCGGCCUAUAGACAAGCACAUGGAGAGGGAAUCUCCCUGUCCGAGCAGCAGCUGGUGGACUGUGCAGGAGCUUUUAACAACUUUGGCUGUAAUGGUGGACUGCCUUCCCAAGCUUUUGAAUACAUCAAGUACAAUGGUGGCCUUGCCACUGAAGCAGCAUAUCCUUACACUGCAAAGAACGGCGAAUGCAAAUACAUGUCUGAGAAUGUUGGAGUCAAAGUCAUCGAUUCUGUGAACAUCACUCUUGGCGCUGAAGAUGAAUUGAAGCAUGCAGUUGCUUUUGUUCGACCAGUAAGCGUAGCAUUUCAAGUGGUGAAAGGUUUUCGCUUAUAUUCAAAAGGAGUUUACACCAGUAAUUCAUGCGGCAGUUCUCCUCAGGAUGUAAACCACGCCGUGCUUGCAGUUGGUUAUGGGGUUGAAGAUGGUGUCCCAUACUGGCUUAUAAAGAACUCAUGGGGACCAAAGUGGGGUGACAAUGGCUACUUCAAGAUGGAGAUGGGCAAGAACAUGUGUGGUGUUGCAACUUGUGCUUCAUACCCCAUUGUCGCUUAGAGUUGGAGAAUGGCCAAGCUUCUUACGGCGAUGGUAAGGUAUGGCUAUGGUGGCUCAAUCUGCAAAUUAAAGUUCCCAAGUCAUGGAGUUCUUAUUUAAUACAGACUGUAAUGUAAUGUAUUGGUUAUAGAUCUUUAAGCUCUUGUAAAUUUGCAUAUUCAGUGAUUCUUAGGUUUGUCUUCAUAA